GCUGCACAGGCAGGAGGAAGACGGAAGAACCGCACCGAAGCAGCCACUAAAUCACUUUCCCAAACCACCUCGGAGCGAAACAUGGCGUGAGAGACCACCGCGGACAAUACGAACCAAAGUGUCGGACUCUGCUGCCGCUGCCGGGAAGUUUUUGCUUGUUGAGCCGUCGGAGAGGCCGACGGUGGCGGCAGCAGCGGCGGCGGCGGCUCCUCUCCCCACGGAGCGGUGUCCCGGUCUACCGAGCCCCAUGCAAAAUGUAACGGCCCUUGCCGGGUCCGACAAGUCCGAUGUCACCUGCUCCUGCAACUGCACCUCCUCGCAGCCUCAGGGCAUGGACAUAUCUGAACUGGAGUUUGUUCAGAUCGUGCUCAUCGUCGUUGUAAUGACAGUGAUGGUGCUGCUCAUCAUCUGCUUGCUAAACCACCACAAGAUCUCCACCUUCGUGACCACGCAGACUCAGGCCGGCGGGCCAGACCGUUUCCUGCAGCAGGACGGAUGUCUGUGGCCGUCAGACUGCAACUCUCGACAAGGAGUCUCAGAGGUUUUAUAUGCUCCCCCAGCCAGGGAUGGCUUCACCGCUUCUGCCUUCGUGCACCGUGACCGCUUCAGCCGCUUUCAGCCAACCUACCCAUUCCUGCAACACCAGAUUAACUUGCCGCCCACCAUCUCGCUGUCGGACGGCGAGGAGCCCCCACCGUACCAGGGACCCUGCACCUUGCAGCUUCGCGACCCUGAACAGCAGAUGGAACUCAACCGUGAGUCAGUCAGGGCGCCACCUAACCGGACCAUCUACGACAGCGACUUGAUCGACAGGGGUGGCGAAGGCUCGGGAGGUGCGGGUGGUCCGAGGCCGCCAAGCAGCAACUCUGGCAUUAGUGUAGCCAACUCCAGCAGCCACAGGCGAUUGGAGGGGCCCCCACCCCCAUACAGCGAGGUGAUUAGCCAAUACUCGGGCUUGACUUUUUUUCUACACCAGCAAAGCAAUAACCAGAGGAUGGGAGAGUUCGGGGGGCCUAAGAGCAGGACGAUCCAGCAGCAGAACCUGCCAGAAAGCACAAUAAUGCCUGCCCAGUGGAAGGGCCACCACCCUGAGGACUCAGUAUAAGAAAAAGAGCGAGUGGGACAUGACCUUUACUACAACAUUAUUGCAUUUUCUCUCACUUUGCUUUAGAACUGCAAUUCUUAUUGGUGGCAAACUUUUUUCGUGGAGAGAUGGGGUUUUCUUUUCAGGGAUUUGUGCACAAUGCCGGGGACUGACGACCCCAACAGAUCCCAAGAACAAGAACGGUGACAAGGAGACUUUACCAAGAAAAGUUAUUUCAAAGUUGCACUAUCUUUGGCUUUUAAGAGUAAGGAGGGAAAUUGUGUGCUUGGAAAAUGGACUGAGCUCAAGUUCUAAAAGCUUAAGUCCAACCGCCUUUCAACCUCCAAGAAAUACUCGUACUAAAAGUCUCUAACUGCAAGGUUGGUCGCUACAAUCCUCAAUGACCAUGGACCCCGAGCUACUGAUGUUGUAUCAUCGGGUAAAUGAGGUAACAUGUGCUUUGAGUACCUUUAAGGUAGAAAGGUGCUGUAGAAGUAAUUAGCAGAAAAAGAAGUCCUGACAUUUGCCUAGCAACACCGUCCUUAUUGUAUCCUUUCAUUGUUAUCUAUGUGACCCUAGCUUUUAAAGGUUUGGACACCCCUGUUUUAUAAGAACACAAAUUCACUGACUGGUGCUCACACAACCCUAAUUUAGAUCACCUAAUUCAAUACAUGAUCAAUAAACAAAGAUCAUUUUAGGGCGUACUCAAAUGAGGCCACACUUGGGCCCUCAACUGAAGUCUAACACAUUUGGCUACCGUGAGAACUCUGAUGCGUGCUGAAGUUUGGUAUGUUCCGGCACGAUUGACGGAGGUCGGCUAGGGUAUGGCAUGACUGGUCAUGCACACACAUGCUCAAAGUAUUGCAAUCGCUCCUCCACAGCAACAUUUCGCAAACUCUUAUAGCGUGGGACCUCAGUUUUUGUUCGAAAAGGUCCAACGAAAAUACAAGAAAUAAUGUCAAUCUUAUUGUUCUGUUCCAGAGACCCAAUAUAUUGAAGAUUAAAACACAUUUUAUUGAGAAUAUAUAUGUCAAACAUGCAUAAAACUGUGUGAAAUA